CCGCCCACACGCUGCGGCGCGCAGUGUGGACGGGCAAAGUCGCCAGCACGUGACCUGGACACGGUUCGGUUCGAAAUGGUCACUGACGCGAAUUUCGGUGGAUGCCACAUCUCUCAUCGCGCCAAACAUGUUCUCAUCAUCAUCUCUAACGCUGAGCACGCUAUUAUCAUCACUACACACGCACCUCAAUGCCCAAACUCAACUUCUGCGGAGACUUCAUGUUCAACUGGCCUACCACAAACCGCUCCGGAAGACGAACUGCAAACAUUACAACAUACCUUGAUCAAAGCCAUCAAGUCUCAGAUAGAGGUGCGGAGGAAACAAGUGGAAGAUUGGAUAGGAAAAUGCGAGGGAGGAUCUGGUUGCGCUCGGUAUUCGAAAGCGCUGGCCACGUAUGCUGAAGUUGCUGGGUGGUUUAGUGAUCUGAAAGCUGAGAAGGUCUCGCCAAGGAGAUAUGAAAGCGCUAUUGUAUACCAGCAGAAAAAUAAGAUAGAUCUAUCAUAUGAAACUCGAGCAGCUCAUAACGUUGACCAAUUGCCUGAAUGCCCUCGCAUGGACGCUGGGCUCCCAUUUCUUUCAACAAGAUAUCUUAACUCCAGCGGUUGCUACUACUGAGGAACUAGACAACCCAUGUUGUGCCUGAACGUUUCUCCAAACUUGAAAGGGAGCUUGCACGAGG